UCCUCUCAGUUAUACACAAGCAGACGUGCGUAAAGACACGAGGUCAUUCAAAAAAUAGAUUGUUUUAGACAUAAAUUUUGUUUUCCGUUUCUUCAUCACACUUCAGACCAGUCGGUAAUGCACCUUGAGUUGGUUUGCCAACCGCAGUUUAAUAAAUAAUAAGAAGAUGAUGAAGAACAAGAAAGACACGAGGUAAGAAGGACGCUGCCACUUCAAGUUGUACAAUAGGGAGCAGGUGUGGCCAGCUGUGCAAGUACGUCUAGAUAUGGCAUAUAAAGGUGAAGAGGGGGUCUCAGAUGAAGUGUGUGAUCAGGAGGAAAAGAAUAACUUCACACUGCACAAGAGCCUCAUUUCUGUGUUUACCAUGGAGAACAGACGUGUGAACAUUAAGGAAGAAGACUGUGAGUGGGAGUCUGCUUACUUACAGCAGGAGCACCUCAGCAUUAAGGUGGAGGAGGACUGGGAAAGAACGGUCUGUGGCAUUAAAGAAGACUCUGAACCAGCUUCUGACAUUACCAACAUUCAGAGAAAUGAAACUAUUGGUGGCAUAAAGAAAGAAAACCUUAAAUCGGAGUCGGACUCUCAGUGUUUCUAUCCCGAUGAAAAGGCUCCUGGAUUAGACUUGACGCCCGGUAGUCUGUGCUCCCUGCAACAUCAACUGAAGGCUGAAUCUUUGGAAGCUGACAUGAAGAAGACUGCAAACGCAUUGAGGGAUACCCAUCAUGACGAAGAUUUCAUAAAGAGUGGCAGCUGCUUAUUUUCAUUGGCUCAGACGUCUCUACAGUGCAGACCACAACAGCCACCACAUGAUAAAAAUAUGAAGAAAUCAACAUGUGGAUCAGAGAGUUUGAGAUCAGCUUUUCUGGAGGGUAGCUCUCUGCUUGGUGAUGCAAUUGACACUCAAUUAGAGGGACUCGGUACAAAUUCAUCAACUUCAUUUGUCUGCCAAGAGCAGAAGGAACAAUUUAAAAGUGAAUCAGAAUGCAAGCAAAGUCAGAAUAGACAGAAGCCCUAUAGCUGUUCUGAAUGUGGCAAACAUUUCUCACUAAAGAGCAGCCUAAAGAAACACAUGCGAAUUCACACUGGAGAAAGGCCAUAUCCUUGUACCACAUGUGACAAGCGGUUCUCCACCAGUGGGAAUCUUCAGAUCCACACAAGAAUCCACACUGGAGAAAAGCCAUAUUGCUGUUCAGACUGCGGCAAAAAAUUCUAUGAUAGGGGCCACCUUCGGUCCCAUAUUAAAAUUCAUAAUGGAGAGAAACAAUAUUGCUGUUCUGAAUGUGGUAAACGAUUUUUACACAGCAACAGUCUUCGGACCCACAUGCGAAUUCAUACAGGUGAGAAGCCAUUUUGUUGUUCUGAAUGUGGGAAAGGAUUCUCUUCCAGCGAGCUCCUUAAGACCCAUACAAGAAUUCACACCGGAGAGAAGCCUUAUUGUUGUUCUGAAUGUGGGAAACGAUUUGCUGAUAGAAGCAGUCUUCGGCGACACAUGAAAAUUCACACUGGAGAGAAGCCAUAUUAUUGUUCUGAAUGUGGCAAAGGAUUCACGUACAAGAACCAACUUCAGAGCCACACAAGAAUUCAUACUGGAGAGAAGCCAUAUUGUUGCUCUGCAUGUGGCAAAGGGUUUUCAGCAAGCAGCAGUUUGCAGAAACACAUGAGCAUUCACACUGGACAGAAACCAUAUCACUGUUCUGAAUGUAACAAGCAAUUCACUGACAGGAGCCGUCUUCAGAUACACACAAGAAUGCACACUGGCGAGAAACCAUUUCAUUGUUUUGAAUGUGGGAAACAAUUUUUCAGCAAUUACAAUUUACAAGUACACUCAAGAAUUCACAUUGGAGAGAAGCCAUAUUGCUGUUCAGAAUGUGGCAAACGAUUCUUGUGCAAGAGCCAUCUUCAAAUCCACAUGAGAACACACACAGGAGAGAAGCCAUAUUCCUGCUCUGAAUGUGGUAAGCGGUUCUCCACCAACAGCAGUCUUCAUUGCCAUAUGAGAAUUCACACAGGAGAGAAGCCUUAUUCUUGUUCUGAAUGUGGCAAGGAAUUUUCUGAUAAAAGUAGUCGUCGAAAUCAUUUAAGAAGUCAUACAAAGGAGCAGGAAAAAAAUAUAAAGAGAUGGCACAACUUGUUGCUUUUAGGAUUUAAUUACGACAACUGAUUUUUAGAGUUCUGUCCAGAUGGUUCAAUUGUUGUCUCCUCAAGCUCUCAGAGUCUUUUAAAUGUUGUUUGGCUAACUCCAACCUGGCUGUGUUAAAACGCCUUAUAGAUGGAGUACUGCUGCGGUGGUCGUCCUUCUGACAUGUUCUGCCGUCUUAGCACAAGAAUUGUGAAUCUCUGACAGAGUGACCACUAGGUUCUUCGUCACCUACAUAACCAAGACACUUCUUGCUCGAUUAUUAGUUUGCCCAGGUGGUUCCAAACUUCCUCCAUUUCACAAUUAUUGGGGUCACUGGACUCCUAGGAACAGGCAAAACUUGAGAAAUGGUGCUAUCCUGUUACCCUAAUCUGUGUCUUCAGAAUUUGAUCACAGACGUCUCCAGAGAGAUCCUUGGACUCUAUGGUUGGUUUUUGUGGUAAUCUGUGGGACCUUCUCUACACAGGUGUGUGUCUUUCUAAACCGCGUCCAGUCAGUUCAGUUUGCCACAGAUGGACUCCGGUCAAGUUCAAGGAUGAGCUUGAUUUGAAGGGAAAGAGCCGAGGCUCUGAGAACUUAUACAAGUGAGGAGUUUCACUUUUUAAUUUUAAAUAAAUUUGCUAACAUUUCUGACAACCUGCUUUCACUCUGUAACUAUGGGUUAUUGAGUGUAGAUUGAUGGGCAAAAGGUGGGACGUGAAUACGUUUAAAGUGAAAUCUACAAUGCAAUUAAGUGUGCAGAAAGUCAGCGGGUCUCAAUACUUAAUUGAUCCACUGUAUUCGUGUCUAUCUCUCUCUCUUUCUCAUAUUCAUAUAUAUAUAUAUAUAUAUAUAUAUUUAGUGGUCAGGUGCAGGAAUGACAGGUCAUACUAUAAAGGAAAAGUCCAACCAAGUUGUCCUGUUCAUUACUGCAGUCCGAUAACAAAAUCAGGCCAUUUGGUGGUAAAGCAACUCACCUCUUGGGUACAAAAACAAAGUAAAAGGCUCUCAGCCAUCAAAAUAAGCGUCAGUCAGUGGAGCUCCAUCGGGCAGGCUGCUCUUCGUGGAAAUGAUGCCUCCUUCUGCGUGGCCAGGCUUCUUGUAAUGGCUGAACAGUUAGGGGCGGAGCUUCCUGCUUUCACUGGGUAGUCUCUCAGAGCUCCAGGGAGAGGCGAAGAAAGAAAGUGAUGGCCACAGCACCCCCUCUUGUGCCAGUGGGUUAUCACGUACUUCGAUCGAGCCUUGGAGGUGAUUUUCUGAUGUGUAUGCGUGACUAUAUUAUAUACACACAGCACAUCUAGCUAUAGAUAUAGAUAUAUAUGGGGGGAGACAGUAGUAAGAGUUUCCCGUCUGUUAGGCACAUUCAGCACUAAUGCCAUCUACUGCAAUUUAUUGUGUGCUGCAGGUGGUAAUAGAAACUGACUUUGUUAUCUUUAUACUUUAGUUAAUUGAUUUGUUAAGUCUAAUAGGAAGACACAACAGAGUUUAGCUUACGCCAGCUUCUGUUGGUUUGACAGAUCCAAAAUGGACUUGUGGGUUUCUCAAGGCCAUGAUGUUUAGCGGAUAACCAAGUUGUUUGUUUAGAGAUUGAGCCUUUAGAAGACACAUAAUUAGCGAGAGGCACAGGGCAGCCAUGUAAAUUGUACAAUAUGGCUUGUGUACAAGUGAGCGAUACACACGCACACAAACAGUACAUCUAGGGUCCCUGUGUGCGUGUCAAUAAAGAAAGCCUUGCUUUGAACAACAAAGAAACCAAAGUGUCAUUUUUUUUUUUUUUCCUGGUGAGGUAAUUUCUACCAGACCCCCUUCACAUAGCAAUUUUGUGUGGAGCGGGAGAAGGUUUACUAUGUUCGAGUUUUUAAAAGUGUUGCAAGUAAAACUAACAGAUGAACAACGUUGUGAAUUGGGGA